UCUCUCGAUUCACUUCAAGAUGAGUGGAAACGUAAAGAUGUCCGUCAGUAUCCAGCCUGUCCAGUGGACCGCAGACUGCAAGGAUCAAAAUUUUGAUGGCAUUAUCUUGGUAGCCCAAUGUUGUGAGCAGCUCCCUGAUGUGCUGGAGUGUUUAAAAGCACCCUUGCAGGACUAUAGUGCAGUGGACCGAGGCUUAGGGGAAGAAGUCGUGGUUGUUAAGGUUCCUGGUCUCCCUGGAAACAGAUUGGUGUUUGCCUCCACUGGUCCAGUGAAUCGGGACUAUGAUGAUGUCAGACGGUUCAGUGACGCUGGCGCUAAUGGCAUUAAGAGGGCUCUGAAAGCUGGCAUGCAGCGCCCUCUGCUGGUUUGUCCUCCACACAACAGCUAUGCCAGAAACAGAUUAGUGGCUGUGCUGGGAGCCCUGCAAGCUCUCUAUGUGCCAUUAGAGGUGAGGGAACUGAAGUCGUCCCUCCAUAAGGUUUCUGUGUUGGGCAUCUGGGUGGAAGAUAAGUCGCAGGGAGCAGACAUUACUGAGCUGGCCAUUGCUCUGGAGAGUGGCAGGUUUGUAUAUCGGGAUAUUGGUGGCUCUGACCCAGAGCGUAUGGCUGCUCCACGUGUAGCAGAGUAUGUUCAAGCAGUCUUCAAGGACAGUCCUGUAAAGGUGACGGUAGUGAGUGAUUUGAAUACUUUGGAGAAGGAGUACCCCUGUUUGGCUGCAGUAAACCGCUGUGCUAACACUGUGCCACGACAUCAGGCCAGAGUGAUCAAACUGCUGUACUGUGGGGAAGGACCCAUUCAACAGACUCUUAUGGUGGUCGGCAAGGGCAUUACAUAUGACACGGGUGGAGCUGACAUCAAGGCUGGUGGAAUCAUGGCUGGAAUGCACAGAGAUAAAUGUGGAUCUGCUGCUGUUGCUGGCUUCUUCCAGAUCCUAGCCAAACUAAAGCCCAAACACCUGAAGGUUGUGGGUGCAAUGGCAAUGGUGCGGAACAGUGUUGGUUCUGAUUGUUAUGUAGCGGAUGAAUUGGUGGUGUCUCGUGCCGGUCACAGAAUCAGAGUUGGAAACACUGAUGCUGAAGGAAGAAUGGUCAUGGUGGACUUGCUGUGUGAGAUGAAGGAGCAGGCCUUACGGGAACCUUUUCCCCAUCUCUUCACGAUUGCCACUCUGACUGGACAUGCUAUUAGAGCCAUGGGACCAAACUACUCUAUCAUAAUGGAAAAUGGUGCUGCUCAACGCUCAGGGAACGCACUGCAGUGGCAGAAAGCUGGAGAAGUUCUUGGAGAUAUGUUUGAGGUGUCCACCAUUCGUAGAGAGGAUUACGAGUUCCACAAAGGGAAGUCUGAGUACGAGGAGAUCCUGCAGUCAAAUAACCUCCCCUCUUCUGCCACACCACGUGGACACCAGACACCUGCUGCCUUCCUCAUCAUGGCCUCUGGACUAGAUAAGCAUGGACUUGACUCCGACAAAUCUCUGCCUUAUUCCCAUAUUGACAUUGCUGGAUCUAGUGGCCCCUUCCCUGGAGUCCCAACAGGUGCACCUAUCCUUGCCAUGGCGACAAAGUACCUGCAGCUCUAAAUAUCCACACAUGAUUUUGUCUGUUUUGGUGUUAUGCCAGUUCUCUGAUUAAUGGCUUUCAUUUCAGUCUUAAUCUGCUAUGUCGAGUGCACCAUGUUGAUGUAAGACAGAGAAAAAUAGGGGCAUUUGCUCAGUAUAUCCAUCAUUGUAAACGCCAUCCAUCUUUUCAUCUCUCUAAUAACUCCAUAUAUGCCCUUAAAAAAAUUAUUUUCACAUCCUUGAAAACUUCUACACUCCUCUGUAACACACAGACACUCAUUGUUUAAUUUUCAAGUCCUGUGCAGGCUGUCCAAAUCAGCACAAUUUACCAAAGUGUUUUGUUUUCUUAAUCUGUAGCUGUACAGUUUUCUCACAUGGUCUUGUUAAAGAGAGGGUGAGGAGGAUGACAAUUUUUGGGGCAAAAUUGAUGAGAAAUUAUACGUAAUGUGUGAUAAAUACAUAGGGUAAAACCAUUCAUUUUGUACAAGUAUAGUUUGUGUGACCAGAAUUUGACAAUAAAUACAUAAAUGAGCAUGAUGCAUUCUUCUGUUUCCAAAUAUACGGCUGUAUUAAAACUGUUGAAUAUUUUCCCAAAUUUCAUAUUAUUUUUCCCCAAAUUCUGUGUUUUAGAUUAUUAUUUUUCUGAAUUCAAAGUUGGGAGUUUUUUUUAUUUUUUUGUCAAAUACAGUGCUGCAAAGCAGAGCAUCACAGUAUUAAUGAAAGCAUUGAUAAACUUUUAUUUAAUGCAACAGCACUCUUGCCUGUGAAAUAUUGCUGAAAUGUAUUUAAGAUGUAUUUGUAUUAUUAUUCAUUAAUACUGCAUUGAAUAUUGAUCCUACAUUUUACUAUACAGUAGCAAUACAUUCCUGUCGCAAUUUCUUAUAUUUCACUUGUCUACUUAAAUUGAGUAUUUUAAGAAGAUGAGAAAAAAGUGAUUUAAGCAGAAUGGCUGCAAUUUAAUCAUAUACAUGUAUAACAAAUCAAAUCUCUUUAUUGUCACAACCAUAUACACAAGUGAAACAGUGGCUGAAAUUCUUGGGUGCAGUUCUGAGCAACAUAGCAGUCAUGACAAUGAUGAGACAUAUACCAAUUACAAUAAACAUCAGAUAUACACAAUUACACACAACACAAUUUACAUAUCUAAUAUACACAUAAUUACACACAACACAAUGUACAAAUAAUAAUAUACAAUGUACUGUACACAAUAUAGAAUAUGCGGUAUACAAUAAAAAUAGUGUGUGUGUAUAUAUAUAUAUAUAUACACAGCAUGUUGUAUUGUGCUGUAUUGGCAUUCAGGCUGUUGGUUGAUAGUCAGUUGCCAGAAUAUAAUUCAUAACAGUCCAGUGUGAGAUAAUAAGAUUAAUAAAGUGCUGUGAUGUAUAUUGAUCGUGAGAGAUCAAGAGUACAAAAGUGUGAUUGCUUGGGAGAAGAAGCUGUCAUAUAGUCGUCUGGUGCGGGUCCUGAUGCUGCGAUACCGCCUGCCUGAUGGUAGCAGUGAGAGCAGCCCAUGGCUUGGAUGUAGUCUCUGAUGAUCCUCUGAGCUUUUUUCACACACCGCCUGGUAUAUAUGUCCUGGAGGGAGGGGAGCUCACCUCUGAUGAUGUGUCUGGCAGUUCGCACCACAAUUUGCAGUUGAGGGCAGUGCUAUUGCCGUACCAGGCGGUGAUGCAGCCAGUCAGGAUGCUAUCUACAGUGCUGGUGUAGAACCGUGUGAGGAUGUGGUGGUUCAUUCCAAACUUCCUCAGGUGUCUCAGGAAGAAGAGGAGCUGGUGAGCCUUCUUCACAAUGGCCUCAGUGUGGACGGACCACGUGAGUUCCUCAGUGAUGUGGACACCGAGGAACUUGAAGCUGCUGACUCUCUCCACCGGUGCUCCAUUAAUGGUGAUGGGGCUGUGUUCUCCGUCUUUCUUCCUGAAGUCCACUACAACUCCUUGGUCUUACUAACGUUGAGGGAGAGGUUGUGCUCGUGACACCAGCGUGUCAGAGCGUGCACCUCCUCUCUUUAGGCUCUUUCAUCAUUGUCAGUGAUCAGACCUACCACCGUCGUAUCGUCAGCAAACUUAAUGAUGGCAUUGGAGCUAUGUGCUGCCACACAGUCAUGUGUGUAUAGGGAAUACAGGAGUGGGCUGAGAACACAGCCCUGUGGGGCUCCAGUGUUGAGGGUCAGUGAUGAGAAGAUGUUGCUGCCCAUUCUAACCACCUGGCAUCUGCUUGAUAGGAAGUCCAGGAUCCAGCUGCACAGCGAGCUGUUUAAGCCCAGAGCUUCGCACCAAGCUUGGAGGGCACUAUGGUGUUGAAUGCUGAGCUGUAGUCUACAAACAGCAUUCUCACAAAUGUGUUCCUUUUUUCCAGGUGGGAGAGAGCAGUGUGUAUUGUAGAUGCAAUGGCAUCAUCAGUGGAGCGGUUGUUGUGGUAGGCAAACUGCAAUGGGUCCAAAGAGGUGGGCAGCACAGAGCACAUGUAAUCUCUGAUUAGUCUCUCAAAGCACUUGCUGAUGAUGGGGGUCAGAGCAACAGGAUGCCAGUCAUUUAAGCAAGUGAUUUUGGAUUGCUUUGGUACAGGCACAAUGGUGGACGUUUUAAAGCAUGUGAGGACCACAGACAAGGAUAGGGAAUGGUUGAAAAUGUCUGAAAAACGCUUUCUAGUUAAUGGAUUCUGUGAUUUCUGCAUUGUGCAAAUCAUAAGGUUCUUCAAAUUAAUCUAUGGUGUAGUCUAGUUCCACCAUAGUCACCAAAGACUUGGUGAUUCCACCUGCCAUUGGUCAAACAGAUAGAUAGUGCUACCCCCAACUCAUGCCACUGGUUGAGUAAUGUUGGUGAGUGGGAUCUAAACGGAUAAUUGAAAACAAACUGGAAUUUUCAUUGUGCCAAAGAGACAGUAGGUGCAAUCCAAUCCGCAGUGUCCCUAUGCAGUGCUUACUGCUCCCUUCUCAAUGAGCAUGGGAUAUGUGUUUAAAUCUGCUCGUUUAGUAUACCCUGCAAUGUCAUCAAACACUGAACGCAUGAGUCUCGCUAAUUACGGGGUGCAUGUAAGAUGACACAAUAUACUUGUGUAAAUGCAUAUAAAUGUACAAUAAAUAACCUUACAUCCACAUAUAUACAUUUAUAUAAUAUUAACGUGUCUACCAGCAGUAUGUAUUGUUCUUUACAUAUUGUUAUACAUUUAAAUUAAUAUAUUUCUCCAGACUUGUA